GGAGACGCAGCUGCGCUCACUGCUCUGCAGGCACACAGAGAGGAUGGGCGCGAUGACGUCAGAAAGUGGUGCAGGAAGAUGGGGGACGAGAGAAAUGAGGGAGACCGUUAACGGAGGCUAAACAGACCAUGAAAAGGUAUGAUGACAGACAAUUACAGCUCGUGUGCUGGAACUGAUCAAGAAGCAUGGGGCUCAGGCUGGGUGGCAAGGGACAACAGAGCCACAGGAUGGUGAUCUUUGCUGCCAUCCUCAUCCUGAUGACGCUCUUCAUCCUGUACAGCUCCAACAAUAACAGCAGCAUUGAUGCUGUCUAUGCUUCUUUCCAUGUGGCUACCAAUCAUGCCACCAAGACUACAGACCUGAGGAAAUGGACAGGAAAAGACGGCUAUGUGCCAGUUUAUGGGAACAAAAGUAUGACCAUGCACUGUCAUGAGUGUGCACUGGUGACGAGCUCCAGCCACGUCUUGGGUAGUCGAGCGGGAGACGAGAUUGACCGCACCGAAUGCGUGAUCCGCAUGAAUGACGCCCCUACGACGGGGUAUGAAUCUGACGUCGGGAACCGGACCACUCUGAGAGUCGUAGCCCACUCCAGUGUGUUCAGGGUGGUCCGGAGGCCGAAUGAAUUCCUGCGACAUACAGACAGCCACCCAGUGAUCAUUUUCUGGGGACCCCCAAAUAAGAUUGGGAAAGAUGCCAAAGGAACCCUUUACAGAUUGAUCCAGAGAGUCAGCAUGACCUACAGAGACUUCUCUUGUUUCACUGUCACACCGAGCAAAAUGCGCAGAUUUGACAGCCUGUUCCAAAGAGAGACAGGACGUGACCGACAAAAGUCUCACUCGUGGUUGAGCACAGGUUGGUUCACAAUGGUCAUAGCCAUUGAGAUAUGUGAUAACAUCAAAGUAUAUGGGAUGGUUCCACCCAAUCACUGUGGAAGAAAAUCUGGAUCCAAGAAGAUGCCAUACCACUACUACAAGCCCAGGGGCGGUGAUGAAUGUGUAACGUACAUCCAGCACGAGAGCAGCCGAAGAGGAAACCACCAUCGCUUUAUUACAGAGAAACAGGUGUUUGCACGCUGGGGAAAGCAGUACAACAUCAGCUUCACUCAUCCCAAAUGGUAAAAAGGACUUUUCUGAAGACUUUUCUCUGGAGUUACAGGAGCACGAAUGAGCUUUAUCGGUUGGAUUUUAUUUGAACUUUCCCCAGAUGAGGCCUCUUUAAAAAAAAAACAAAAAACACACUAAGUAUGAAUGACGGUCUAAUAAUGAACCACAUCUCGGAAUAGAUGCAUGGGAUUUUUUUUUUUUACAAAAGUUCAGUUUCAAGCCUUUUCCUGAAACCUGGUGUAUAUUCCACACUGACUUGUGUUUUUUGUAAAUAGAAAAUGAAUUUAAAAAGAUUUUUUACAUGUUUAUUUUUUUUUAUUAUAUAUUGAAAAAAGCAGUUUCUCGUGUUAAAAGGGGAUCAGCAAUCAUGUCUAAUCAGCUAUAACUAAGUGGCCUAUAAGGUACUCUUUAUAGCUAUAGUUUUCUGUUUCAUACAGAGGAAUCGUAUUCUGACGUCACUGCAGACAUAGCCAGUAUAUCCCUAAUCCAGUGUACAAAUAAUCUAUAUUGGGGCCUUAUGGUACAGUGUAAGAGCACAAGUUCAAGAAACCAUAAAAUACACUGUCAGUAUCUUAGCUGGAUGAAUCCAAUUUUUCUGCAUACAGUACACCUUUCAGCUCUUAACACAAAGCACCCUAACAGUAGCUUAGUAAGUCUGAAUUCGGCACGUUGUAUGUAAAUAAUAAGACAAUCUGACCUAAGAUUUAGUGUCAGCUAAACUAACUAUAAUAUAGUGUUUAUGCUCUUUAGUACCAGCAAACAUUAAUUUAACAGAUACAUGAUUUGUUUCAAAUAUUUCACUGCUCUUAAGUCAACUCUGACAGAAAAAGAAAUGCUACUUUUGUGGACAUAAUCAGACCUCUUAAAUCAUAUGGGAACCCAAUUUAUUAUGGAAAGACCUUUUUAGUUAUAGGUACUAACUAUGUGCUGAUUUUCAAACAAAGAUGCAGAAGGCUAAUUUCCAAAAAUGACCAAUAUUCUGAGACCAGGGCAUAUUAGAGGGUCAAAAAUAAGGGAGCUACUUAUGUACAGUGUAAAAUUCACACAUUUCCUCUCUGAAAGGAGCAAUAUGUUUUCUACAGUAUAGUGCCAGUUGAAAGAUUA